AUGCAUGUGCACAGGCCAAACCUCCCAUUUCAGGUCGCUCUUGAGGCAUUGCACUCCCUCCAGAUGGUCCUAUUCCCCUUAGGUACGGACUCGGAGCUGAUCCUGCGGCGGCUCGUGGCCAAGCACUCGCUGGACCCGGACUGCGUCAACUAUGACUUUGCGGCGUACGAGGACGACUUCACUUACCGCCACUUUGGCUCGCGGUUGCGUGAGCUUUACGACGAGGUCGAGAACCCCAGCCCCCGCGGCUUCAUGGAGAAGUGGUUUGAGCGCAAGAGUGGUGCGCGCUACGUAAUGAUGGCCACGUUUAUUGGUGUCAUCAUCGCCGUUAUCUUGGGCAUACUGUCGCUGAUUGUGGGGAUUUUUCAGGCCUGGGUGGCGUACGAGGCCUGGAAGAACCCGGUGACCGCGGGGAGCUAA